AUGAGUAUUCCAAAGGAUUAUAAUGUGGAAGUAGUGAGGAGAGAAGUUGUAAUCCCUGCUACUGUAAUCCAAGAGCAUGUUCUUCCAUUUAGUAAUAUAGAUCUCACAGUUCCUCCUUGUGGUGUGCAUGUCUUCUUCUGUUAUGAUAAGCCCUUUCAAACCAGUUUUGCAUCUGUUCUGUCAAGCCUGAAAAGCUCUCUGUCCAGAGCUUUUGUGUCUUGCUCUGCUUUUGCUGGAAGAGUGGUCAGCCAUGGUGAUGGGGACUUACAGAUGGUUUGCAAUGGCAAAGGGGCUGAAUUUUCAGAAGCUUAUGCUGACAUUUGUAUUGCCCAAGUGGAGUUUUACAAUCCCAUUGCAGCCAUUGAAGGAAAGCUUGUUCCUCUGCUUGUAAAAGAUUCUGAAGAAAAUGGCUCUCCAGUUUUUGCUGUUCAGGUAACGGAGUUUAGUUGUGGCGGCGUAGUUGUGGGUUGUACAUUUGAUCACAGAAUUGCAGAUUCAUUUUCUGCCAACUUGUUUUUCACAUGUUGGGCCAAUGUUUCUAGAAAUGAGCCAAAUGGGUCCACAACUCCAAGCUUUACACGCUCCAUUUUAGUCCCUAGGGAUCCCCCAAAUUGUUUUGAAAUUGAAAAAAUGUACACAAGAGUGCACCCCUUCCCACAAUCCAACAUGCAAAUUCCUCAGCCUCCCAUAACAAGUAGAAUCUAUUACCUCAGUUCCAAGGAUAUAGAAAAACUCCAACAAAAUGCAAACCAGAAUGGCAACAAAUAUACCAAAUUAGAGGCUUUUUCUGCUUAUCUUUGGAAAAUGUUAAUUCAAGGCCAAGAGGUAGAGAACAUAAUGAAUUGUAAUAUGGGCAUUGUUGUAGAUGGGUGUUCUCGUUUAACAAAGAUGGGAAUGCCUAGUAACUACUUUGGAAAUGUUAUAGCAUUGCCUUAUGCUAGGGCUAGAGCCGAGGAUAUAAAAAAGGAGCCACUUUCUUGGAGUGCAAAGGUAAUUCAUGAUGUAAUAUAUAGUGCAGCAAAUGAGGAGCAUUUCCAGAGCUUAGUGGAUUUUGUUGAGAUAUCAAAACCAUCAUCAGUAUUUGCAAGGAUAUGCGAAUCCAUAGAUGAACCUUCCUUUGUGGUGUCUUCUGGCUUACAUUUUCCCUUGUAUAAGGUUGAUUAUGGAUGGGGGAAACCUUGUUUGGCAAGCCACUAUUUAACUUAUGUUCCAGGUUAUGUCAUGCCGACCCCUAGUCCUUAUGGAGAUGGUAGUUGGCUUAUAUACAUGAACCUUCUAGUGGACCAGUUGAAUGCUAUUGAGUCUCAUCCUGACUUUAUUUUAUGUCUAAUCUCACAAAAUAUUUUUGGUGGUUAA